AUGGUGUACCAGCUUUGCAAGGGCGUUGCUUUUUGCCACGGACGCGGUGUCCGGCACCAUGACCUUGAGCCACACAACCUACAAAUUGGUGGAUGGGUUGGUAUCAUCUGGUUUGAUCCCAGCAAGAGGAAACACGGAGGGGUUCUACAUGGAGGUUCAGGAGAAGAUCUCGCUAGGUACGACAACGUGUUCAACUGGUCCCUCAAGGCCAAUAUGAUGGGUGAAAAGGCCACCGAGUUGGCGCACAACUUCAUCGACGAGUGCGGCCUCGCUAGCCUGCUCACCCCGGAGCAGUUACUCGAGGAGCGCGAGGGCAUGCUGCAGGAGCUCUUCCCCUCCUGCGCCGUCUUGCCUGAUGAUUUCCUUCAUUCAUGUUUCGAUGUGAGCUCUAGGUCGAAGUUGGAAGAAGACAUGCAGGAUCUAGGCAUGCAUGCAUGCUCUCUUAUCCCUGCUUAUGCUCCUUAG